CGGGGCAGAGGCGGAGCCGCGUCAUGGCCGCUGGGCGCGUCCCGCCGGGCGCCCUAAACUUGAGGCAGUUCCUGAGGCGGCAGCAGGUCCUUCAGUUAUACCGCAAGAUCCUGCGGGCUAUCCGGGAGGUCCCUGCUGAACAGGAUCGUCGCUACUUAAAGGACUGGGCCAGGGAGGAAUUCAAGAGAAAUAAGGAUGCUACAGAAGAGGAUGCAAUCAGGAUGAUGAUUACUCAAGGCAACAUGCAACUGCAGGAACUUCAGAGAACACUUAAGUUGGCAAAAUCCUGAUACUGAUUUUGUUGACAGUUGGACUUUCAUCUGUUGCAAACAAGAAUAGUGUUUUUUUCCAGAAUGUGGUUAUAAUGGCAGCUUUUGCUGGCAACCUGGUAAAGUUUGCAGGGGGAAUCUACCACACUGGGGAUGUUGUUUGGAAGUCACUCAGACAUAAGGAACUGAAUGGAUGUUGUAGCAUGAGCUGUGGGAAAAGCAGAAAGCACCAAAAUUUACAACAGCAGUGUUACACCUGUGAAACAGAAAAUAAAUAUGAACCAGAUUUUUUUGUCUAUUUUUUACUGUGGCAACUGUAGGUGGUAACAUUCACAGUGCUAACAGCUCUCCAUGUACUGUGACAAGGAUUUUUACCAAAAUUUAUGAUUAAAAAAGCAUUUGGGAUAAAUAAAUGGGCCCAGAACAAAUAACUGUGACAGAACUUUGAAGAAA